AUGGCGGAUCUCCGCUGUUUCACAAUGCGCCAUGCUUUACGGUACCGGUGUGAAUGACUAGCGAGAAAAUAGCGGAUGGCUGAUUAGGUCGUUUUAUUAGCGCGUCGUUUUUAAACAGUAGAGUUUAACAACUAACGCUUGCAAAGAUCUCAGAUAUUUAUAUAAACACAGUAUAUAGGUGCAUAGUUAAUAGUGUCUGCCAGGUUUCCCGUGUCGGUAUGACAGCUAGUUCGCUGGGGAGCUGAAGUUUCUUUACGAUAACUUGAUAGAAGUUAUUAGCGAAAGCGACGGGCAGGCAUAGCUCCAGCCAUGACCGUGAAGCUAACCACCCAGGCGUACUGCAAGAUGCUGUUGCACGCCGCCAAGUACCCGCACUGUGCGGUCAACGGGCUCCUGGUGGCCGAGAAGCAGAAGGAGCGCAGGAGGGACGGCCAGCCGGCACCGGUGCUCUACGUAGACUGCGUCCCUCUCUUCCACGGAACGCUCGCCUUAGCGCCCAUGCUGGAGGUGGCACUCAAUCUGAUCGAUACCUGGUGCAAGGAAAACAGAUAUGUGAUCGCAGGGUAUUACCAAGCUAACGAGCGGAUCAAAGAUUUCAGGCCUAACCAGGUUGCUGAGAAAGUAGCGGCCAGGAUCUCGGAGAACUUCAGUGAAGCGGCUUUAAUAGUGGUGGAUAACAGCAGAUUUACCAUGGACUGCUAUGAACCUAUACUUACUAUUUUUGAACAUCAUGAAAACAAAUGGAAAUGUCGGGAUGCUGAUGUAGACUGCUGUGAGGACUGGGCGGAGGCUCGGAAGAUUACAUCGGCACUCUUGGAGAGUAGAUCUUAUGAGAACCUGAUAGACUUUGACAACCAUCUGGAUGACCUACGAAAUGACUGGACAAAUCCAGAGAUCAACAAGUCUGUGCUGCAUCUGUGCUAAACAUAAGGGCUCAGUGUCCCUCUUCAAAGCCAUGUCUGCCAAAACAGGACUUUUUGUCUCCAGUGAAUUGCCUUCAUAAAAUGGCCUAAUGCACAACCCUAGGUAUAAUUUCAAAAGUACCUACAGGUUAUAAAAAUAGAUCUGUGUAUUUUUGGAAUCAGUUGACAAGCAAGACAUUAGUGACCUAAUUAAACUAAAAAUGGUUAACAACCCCCCCUGGGAUAGGUGGUGGUACGUGGGCUUAGUUAAACAUAAAUUAUUGCAUUAUAAAUUUUAACUUUUCUUUGAGUUGCUUACAUUUAUACUGUAGCCAUAUAAAAAAGUAUAUAGGUCAAAACUAAACUUAGGUUGAAGUGUUAAAUUAUUGUGUGGGAAAAAAUGUUUAAAUGCAUUUAAUUAUGUUCUUUAUUUAGUCUUAAUAUUUAUAUCCUAGGAGAAUGGAUCUCCUGACCAAUGUUUGGUAUUAAUGGUAGAUUGUGUUAAAGAUUAGAAAGCUAUGAUAAUAGUUUAAUUAUUUAAGUAUUUCACUGGCUAAAUUAAAACUAAUAUUGGAUUAAAACAUCAAUUUUAAGAAGUCAUUUAAGGCUGCAUGUAAAUGCAACUUUAAAGACUUAGAAUUUGCAAAUAAAUACUUUUGUGAACA